GAGGAGUCCUCAACAAUUCAUCAGUUUCCCUUCGUCUGCGCAGGGUGUUAAGACAUUAUAAAAGUGUUGGUAAUCAUGCAAUUGACUCUAUCGUUGAUCUUAGUCUCUAUUGGACUCGUUGCCGCCGGCAAUAGUGCAUGGAAAGAAGGCAAAGAGUACCAGUAUAAGUUGCAAAUUUAUACGAAAACCAACAAGGAGACAGGUACAGCUGCUCAGGCAUGCUUAAGUAUUGAGCCACAGUCAGACAGUCUUUUGAAUGGGAAAAUCAGCAAUGCAAUUUAUGGAAAAACGAACGAACCAUUUCCGGGAGACGGGACAGACAUGAGCGAAAUGAUGCAGGAAUUUGACGAAUGGAAGCUGAAUGGACAACAAUUUAAAAUCCAUUUGGAAGAUGGCAUGAUUCGUUCGCUAUCUGUCGAUUCAUCGUUAACCUCCAACGAAAUGAAUCAGUUGAAGGCCAUCGUUAGCCAACUCCAAGUUAACACCAAGCCAGAGAAUAAUCUGUCGAGUUCGGAUGAAGACCCAACCACAGAGAACAACGUUUCCUAUAAAGUAAUGGAACCAACCGUGUUCGGUAACUGCGAAACUUCAUACGACAUUUCUCCAUUUCCGAACUACUUGCUGCGAUCACAUCCCGCAUUGGCACAUCAUAAAGGAGUAGAAGACUUUAUCCAGAUCGAAAAGACAAGAAACUUGAAAAAUUGUAUGGAACAUAGCCUUGGGAAAACAAAUUUGAAUUCAUCAGAUGAGAUGAACGCCUCAAGCAAUCCGGCUGCCCGUACUCGUAUUGUUAUUUCGGGCGAUCUGAACGAGUUCACCAUUCAAUCAGUCUAUGCAACAAGCCCUGCAAUGGGCUUCUUUGAACACAUGGGCAUCACGUUAGAGUCUGUCAAGGAGACCAAAAACUUUGGAGAAAUGUUGGAAGAUACAAACUUGAUGCACGAGGGAAUACAAUUAACCAAGGUCCAUCGCUCCGAAACGUUUGGUCUGGAAAUUGUUGGAAGUUGUGCACCAGCACUCGAUGCUGAAGAACAAGUCACUCCUACUUGUUGGACAGGUUUCGUUGAUCCGGAUGCGCAAUGCAAAAAUGAUUUCGAUGCACAGUGGACAUCUGUUGGUGGCGCUGGAUGUUGUGGAGUUUUUUGUCUAGGUCAACGACAACUUUGCAGAAAAAGCUUUCCAGGAUGUGUCGAGACUGUUUGCUAUGCCGCAGCUCAAAGUGCCGCUUCAGCGUGCAUGGGUCAAUUUAGUGGAGGUGAAUAUCCAAUUCCAUGCGGUGGUUCCACCAACUGCGCGCCUGGUUGGAGACGUGUCAGAUGUUGCCCAGAUCAAUACGCUUGAUUGAAAGCAUUUCUUUUUUGUAAAAUGUAAAAGAGACCCGAUUUGAAUGUCAAUAAACGUCUUUACUUCGUAG